AUCCAGCGUCCGUUGGGCUUGUAUAACCAGUUUCAUACGUCAGCUUGAGCAAGAAACAUCGACAUGUUCCGAAAGACACUUUUGUUAACUUGGAUUCUGUUAUACAACGUUUUUAAAGUGCAAAGUGAAGCAACAGGCACACCAACGAGUGUAUCCUUAAACAGGUUUGGUUUUGAAUUGGUUAUGGCAAAACUACAAAUAUUAGAACAUCAUCUCGUUGAAAGUAACCUUCAAACAGAGGAGAAGAUAACCAUUCUGAAUUCCAGAAUUGAUAAUCUGGUAACGGCGGUCGAGAAUUUAGCCUGGAUUGCGCAGCAAACUGGAGAAACUGUACACCAGUUAGGAUUGAGCGCAAGAUAUAUUGCACACAACCUAACCGUAAUCCAACGUGAUCUCACAAAUGUUGUAACCGAACAAAAACUAUUGGUGACGAAUAAUCAGCUCAGGCAGUACCAGCUCUUUCAGAGUAGUUGCAAUGCAUCAAAUGGAACAAUAAACUUCGAGGAUCAUAGAAAUGUUUACAAAUCGUGCAAUAAGGUGCCUUUUACUGCUUCCGGUGUAUAUAACAUUCGUCCGGAGAAACCUUUCAAACAGCCGAUAACUGUAUUGUGUGAUCAAGAGUACGAAUCAGGCGGCUGGAUUGUGAUACAGCAUCGUUUUGACGGAUCGACAAACUUCUAUCGUAACUGGGACGAGUACAAGAAUGGGUUCGGAAAUCUGGACGGAGAGUUUUGGUUGGGUUUGGAUCGUAUUUAUCAGUUGACUGUGUCGCAACAACAUGAGCUGGUUGUACUGCUGGAGGAUUUCGACGGCAACAAAACGUUCGCCAGAUACGAACAGUUUGAGAUUAGCAACGAAAGCGCGAAGUAUGCUCUCACCAACAUAGGCGAGUAUUCCGGAACGGCUGGAGAUUCUUUACAAAAUGCUAAAGGAAUGAAAUUCUCCACUUACGAUUCUGAUAAUGAUGUGUGGAACGACAAUUGUGCAGUAUCAUAUACGGGAGCCUGGUGGUAUGGAGCUUGCCACAAAAGUAACCUUAAUGGAAAAUAUUUACGUGGAGAAACGAAAGAAUAUGCUACUAGCAUGGGAUGGUUUACUUUCCGAGGACAUCAUUAUGCUUUAAAAUCUUCAAAAAUGAUGAUAAGACCUAAUGUGAAGUAAUGAUCAAACGGUAUUAGCUAGUGAGUUUGAAAAAUGGGAAAAUUGGUUGUACGUGACAUGCUGUCUAGCUCAAAAUGAAUACAUACAUACAUGGUGAGCUUAAAUAAAAAGUUUACAAAACAUAUAUUAUCUUUUAUGUUAAUUAUAACACACGUGUUGUUUCCAACUUUGAACAUAAUGUAGUUAGUUUAUGGAAAAAUAAAAGCUUCAAGAACAGUGUCGUAAAAGGGUAAUAAUUCCAAUUUUGAGAUUCAUUCCUCCGUACUUAUAAUAUUUGUAUUUCUAAAGUUAAAUAAAACACAACUCAGCUAUAAUCUGAUUUGAUUUUGUAUCCGAUUGAAAAGAGCUUAAGCAAUUUCCUUUGAUAUCUAAAAAAAAUCCAUUGCCUUAUGUAGGUCCCUAGCCGAAAAAAAGUAUAAAACCUUUACAUGAAUAAAACAAAAGCCAAAACAUUCAUCUACAAAAAAUCCCCGCAAAUAGCUCUAGACUUGCAUCCGCCAGUAAUAGAGGGUACCAAUCUUAGACAUUCAUUGUGUUUACAAGAAGAGAUCAGAUUGAUUAUCAUUCCACCAAUGUUCUGUUGCAAUUUCCAGCGUUUAAAAAGGGGGUUUUGAGUUUGCUGGA